CACACAUAAAACUUAGCAGCUAUGAUUUCAUUCUCCUCAACCCAUCCUACUUCCGCCGCUCAACCGCCCACAACCUCCGCCUCCGCCUCCGCCUCCUCUGCCGCCGGAACGUCGAGGCUUUUCGAUCACCAUGUCAGCAAAUUAUCCUCCUUGUCGUUGCCGCAGUUCCACCAAUAUUCCGGCCGCUACCGCCGUGGCCUUCGGGUGCGUGCAAUCGACGCCGCACAGCCUUACGACUGCGAAGCUCACCUCAUGAAUCGCUUCACUCAGUCCACCAAGCUGAAAAUCGCAAUAAUUGGGUUCGGAAACUUCGGUCAAUUCCUCGCCAAGGCGUUCAUCCGCCGAGGGCACACUGUAUACGCGCAUUCACGAUCCAAUUAUCUCUCGGUUGCGCAAUCCAUGGGUGCUGCCUUCUUCUCCGAUCUCCACGACCUCUGCGAGCAGCAUCCAGACGUCAUCCUCAUCUGUACAUCUAUUAUUUCGACAGAAUCCGUGCUCAAGUCGUUGCCCCUCCAGCGUCUCAGGCGGAAUACUCUUUUUGUUGAUGUUCUGUCUGUCAAAGAAUUUCCUAAGAAUAUUUUUCUCCAAGUUCUUCCCCCUUAUUUUGAUAUUCUGUGUACACACCCGAUGUUUGGACCCGAGAGUGGGAAGCACAGUUGGCAGAAUUUGCCAUUUGUGUUCGAAAAGGUGAGGAUUGGAAAUGAGGAAUCAAGGCUUUCGAGGGUUGAGAAUUUCUUGGAUAUAUUUAAGAAGGAAGGGUGUAGGAUGGUGGAGAUGACCUGCGCCGAGCACGAUAAGUAUGCUGCCGGAACGCAAUUCAUCACCCACACUAUGGGGAGGAUUCUUGAGAAGCUUCAAUUGGAUAGUACUCCGAUUAAUACAAAAGGGUAUGAGACUUUGUUGGACUUGGUGGACAAUACUGCAAGCGAUAGUUUUGAUUUGUAUUAUGGGCUUUUUAUGUACAAUAAGAACGCUAUGGAGCAGCUGGAGAGGUUGGAUUUGGCAUUCGAGGCACUGAAGAAAGAGUUAUUUGGACAUUUGCACGAGAUUUUGAGGAAGCAGUUGUUUGGGAAGGCGGAGGAGGGGGGCCUGAGGGGGCCGCUCCUGGGGAAGUUGCCCAAGAAUGGGGCUCCAUUGUUGCCGCCUGGAACGCCACAAGUGGAGAAUGUGGGCGAAGACGGGAAUUAGGAUGGUUUCACUUCUAUUAGGGAAGGGCGACAGUGAUGUUUCAUGGAUGAGCAAGCUCGACGGUAAAAGGCUGCGGAUCAGUUGAGCUUACUAGGAAUUUUUGAAGCAGCUAAAAAUUUGAAGGAAAUACUUUUACUAGAUUGAUGAAGCAUGCUUAAUCAAGAAUGCAGUUUCCACAGCUUUAUCUAUGAAGAAUGGAGAAUCGAAUGGUAAACUGUGAAUCAUAUUUUUGUCCCUUAGGUUUUCCAUUAGUAACAGAACUUGUAACAUAGUUAGAACUAUUUCAGAUGUCUAAAUCUCCAUAGUUAAACAAAAGCAACAGCAUUCCUCAGCAACGAAAAAUGGUGAUGAAUUAUCUUACAGAGGGUUAGAGACUCUUCUAUCGUAUCAGUAUACACAAUGUGAAUAUUGUGUAUUCAUAUUGUUUUGUAAAAUGCUGUGUUCAUAUUUCC